AUGAAGCCGGUGCGCAGAUCGAUCGCCGAUAGAAUCAGCGACCUUCCCGCCAACGUGAUUGAGCAGAUCCUGAUGUCGUUACCAAUCAGAGACGCGGGCAAAUCGAGCAUCCUGUCCAGCAAAUGGAGGCACCGCUGGAGAAGCAUUCCCCAGCUGGUCUUCGAUUUCGAUUUCAACACCUACGACGACGAGAGAGAGCUGAUGUUGAACAUCUCCAAAGCUCUGCUGGUCCACGACGGGCCGAUCACCAAGUUCGUCCUCGCCAUGCCCGGGAUAAACCCUUGUCAGGAACUCGAUCCGGUGAUCCUUCACGUUUCCAGCAAAGGGGUCCGCGAAUUCGCCCUCUACUUCAGCGACGAAGUGAUCCAGCCCGGGUACCGUCAGAACAUUCACUCUUCUCUGUUCUCUGUUCGUCCCCUGAAUUGCCUUAAGCUCUGGAACUGCGAAUUCGUGCCCCCUUUUGGGUUCGUAGGGUUUGGUAAGCUCACCCGUCUCGAGCUGAGAACGGUGACCGUGCCUAAUUAUUUCUAUCACGAUUUCCUGCGCAAGUGCCCGCUGCUUCAGGAUCUGAGGCUUCUGGACUGUGAGGGUCCUACUCAUGUUCAAAUUGAUGAAGCUCCAUGUCUCAGAGUGUUUCUCUAUAACCGGGGGUAUUUAGAGGACAUUAGCUUCUCGCGAACUCCGCUUCUUUCGGUUGUUUCGAUUCAGUUGCAGCCUGGUGAUUUCAAAUUGAACGAAUUCGACGAGGCUAGAGAUGUGAUCGCCGUAUUUGCUUCUCUUGCAGCACUCCAGAAGCUGUAUGUCAGCUUUGAGUUCCUUAAAUUCCUUGCUGCAGAGGAUAUCCCCUCCAAGCUGCCUACUGCUCUCCGCCGAUUGAGAGUGCUCGACGUUCGCAGCAAUUCUCACACCACUUAUUUCCUCGAGUCGAAGGUUCUGUUUUGUCUGCUCAGGAGUUCCCCCAACUUGCGCAGACUGGCAAUUCAGGUUGGUCAUCCGCGUCAUGGGAAUAUCAAACUCUAG